AUGAUCAUCAAAAAGUUCGAGCGCGCGACCGGCAAGAGUGGCGACUUGCGCCGCGAGCCCGGCCGCGGCGCUGGCAUGGAGCCCGACACCCUCCCCACGUACGAAUGGCUCAUCGUUGGCGCCGGCAUCACCGGCAUCUACGCCUUGGGAAGCUUUGCACGCGCGGAGCGCGCCGACGUACUGCUGAUUGAACAGCAGGACCGCAUCGGCGGUCUUUGGGCCUGGAUCCCGCGCUGGCAGACCGUCCAGAACGACCCCAUCGACUUCUGCACCGAGGGCUUCACGACGCGCAAGGCCGUGUGGACUGCCGACGAUGUGGUGCACAUGCUUGAGACCAAGGUGCGCCUCCAGGGGCUGCUGCCGCACAUCCGGCUCGGCCACAAGCUGGCAGGCUACGCGUGGUCUGACAAAGAGCAGCAGUGGGUCUGCCAGGUUUCUCGCCUCACGGACGGCGCCAAUCUCGAGACUCGUGCACGUCGCAUCCUCCUGGGCACCGGCAAGCACGCGCGGCCCAUCAUCCCUCCCAUUCCCAACGACAACAGCGUCGCCAUCAUGCACUCCAGCCAGAUUACAGAUUUUGCUGCCGCCGCCAGCGGCAAGCGUGUCGCCGUCGUGGGUGCGGGCGCGUCGGGGCUCGACCUCUGCCUCAACAGCCUCGAGGCAGGCGCUGCGGGCCCGGUCGAGUGGAUCCUGCGCGAGCCCAAAUUCUUCUCGGGGUGCGAGGUCAGGACGAUGUGGCCCAUGGUCAUGCUGCAGCUGAUGCUCGGCGCGUUUGCCCUGCACCUGCUCAACCUGGCUGUCAACCUGGCCGUGUUUCUGCACCACUCUCUCGCGGGGACCCGCUCCUGGGUGCCGCGCGCCUGGUUCGACAUGCGGCGCACUCAGUACGUCCCCGGCCGCAGCCUGCUGCUGCGCCGGCGCAAAGACCUGUCGCGCCACGCUGGCGCCGAGGUGUCCAAGGUCGAGGGCGGCGCCGUGCACCUGUCGACCGGCGAGGUCCUCCACGGCAUCGACACGCUCCUGCUUGGCACCGGCUACGCGCCGCCAGAGCGCCCCGACGGCUUCGAAAAGCCAACCAACUUUGCCGCCUUCCUUGCCACCGGCCCCAAAGCUGCCGGGAAGCUGCUGCUGGUGGCGUCGGCCGGCCCGCCGCCGCACCCCGCGCUGCUCGACCCCGCAACGCCAGAGGCGGGGCCGCGGCGGCUGCUCAACGGCGUGGAGCCGCUGCUCGCGGCCGCGCCGCUCAGCCGCGCGCGCUUCCCGUUUGCCGUGUGGCGGCUCAGGGUGGGGCUCAUUUACAUGUAUUAUCGCCUGGUCCACCGCACCACCGUGUUCUUCCCCGAGCGCAUCAUCAAGCUGGGGCUUGUCCUUGAUAACCUGCCCCGCGCGCCGCCCAGUGGUGUUGACGGCGCACCCGCCAGCGCGGGUGUCGAGGGGCUCGGAGUCGCAGACGACUCGGCACUGACCGUGGUAAUCGGUGGGGAGACCGCCAUGCUGCUCGCGGAGGCACCCGGAGCGGUGCAGCUCAUGCUGGGUGGCGAUGCGGGCGGGACUCUGCCACCGCUGCUGCACCCGUCCACCUCCCUGGAGCAGGCCGUGGCUGACGACACCCUGGGCAUCGGAUUCGCAGCUGCCGGCUUCCUGGUGUUCUACAUGGUGGGCGUCAACCUGUCCCUCAACCGCCUGGGAAUCAUCACGCCCAGCCGCGUGCGAAGCGCGGGGUCGUCGGUGGGCGCUCUCCUGAUGGGCAUAAACUAUGUAGGUGAGUAA